AUGAACUUCUCCGGUUUCGAGCUUUCUUCAAUCAUCGCAGUCUUUCUGCUCUUCGUUCAGUUGUCAUCAGCUGCAGUUCUUCCAGUCGAUUACGCCUCCCAAUAUGGUGUGGCUUCUGCUGAUGAGAUGACACUUCCGGAAGAAGGAUCCUUGUUCGCUGAACGACCAUCAAAGAGAGCGCAAACCUUCGUUCGAUUCGGAAAGAGAGCACAGACCUUUGUGAGAUUUGGUAAGAGAGGACAAACCUUCGUGAGAUUCGGACGGAGUGCUCCAUUUGAGCAAUAA